GCGUGAAUUGGGGGGUUUCGUUUAUUUUUUUCCAAAGUAUACGGUGUCAUGGAAUUGAGGAAUACGGAGCGUAGGGUCCCGCAAGCGGAUUAAAGAAAAAAGAAGUAAACAAGAACUCGGCUUCUUGUAGCCCACUCAUCGAAAUAUCUAGAACAGCGGUACUGUGCAGCUACUAAAGAAGUAAACAAGGACUCGAUUUCUUGGAGGCCGCUCCUCGAAAGAUCUGGAACAUGGGUACUGUGCAGCUGCCCACUAAUCUCGCACCUCAACGCCAUGGGGGAGGAAGGGGGUUUCGCAGGCACAUUCGAUCUGGAGCUUUCGCCGAUGGGUCCCGGGCUUAUCGGCGAGGAAGAACCCGUACCUGGGGGGAGAAUCGAAUGGGCAUGGAAGAACAGGUACGCCAAAGCACAAUCUAUGGUUGGAGUUGAGUUCAUCGGAUCUUUGUUCGGCGAACAAGUGGACCUUAAUGCUCCAACUACAGGGCUGCUUAGCUCUGUAGUCAUCGAUUUAAACGAGGAGCCGUCAGGGGAUCUUAAUGCAGUGUUGAUGGAAGCCCAGGGAGAAGUUCCAGAUGCUGCACGAAUGGACAAAUCGGAUGUGCAAGAGGGAUUAGAAAGUGAAUCAAGUGCUGUAUGUGAUGUCUCUGAAGAUACCACAUAUGCGGGAUAUGAAUCAGGAAAUGAGCAGCGGGAGUCAUCACUUGCCUCCAGCGAUUUUACCAACAAUGAGCAUCUAGAUGGAGGCAACCACACAGCUGCAGUUCAAAGUAGACAGGGUUGGAAGAAAAGACCUCGAGUAGGACAAAUUCCUGAUGAGCAGGAAGAAACAACAAUGAACCCAACAGCUCUUGAGAAAGCUCUGAAGAGCUAUGCAAUCCGGAAAAAUGGCUUAGUUGUGCAACCUACUGUUGGUACUCAUUUCGACUCCAUGGCUGAAGCCUUCGAAUUCUACAAUUUGUAUUCAUGGCAAAUAGGAUUUGGUAUCCGUUAUGACCGAAGCCGUCGGAACAGCCAAAGAACCAAGACAAUCCAGGAUAUUGUUUGCGGCUGUGCUGGUAAACCAAGGAAGGAAAACAGCAGGUCAUCACGUUGUGGUUGUCCUGCUAUGAUGCGUAUAGCACGGUCUAAUUCCGGGGGAUGGUAUGUUAAGGAACAUAUUGCUGAACAUAACCACCAAAUGUCACAGUCAUUUGCUGAGAAACAACUGUGGAGAUCGCACAGGCAUAUUGACACACACACGAAACGUCUCAUCAAACAUUUACGAGAUAACAAUGUCAAUUUGAGCAAAGUGUUUUCUAUCAUAUCUAGUUUCUUUGGAGAUUAUGGGAAUGCUCCAUUUACUAAGAGGUCGGUGCGUUCGCUAUGUGCUAAGAUAGCUAGAGAUAACGCAACUGAUGAUAUAGGGAAGACCGUAGCUUUGUUCAGUAAGUUGAAAGAACAAGACCCCGACUUCACUUAUAGUGUCCAGUUGGAUGAUAAAUCUCGGGUUAGGACACUGUUGUGGACUAAUGGACGCAGCAGAAGGCAGUAUGCCUGUUUCGGCGAUGUUAUAACAUUUGACACAACAUACAAGACUAAUCUGUAUGACAUGCCUUUCGGGCUGUUCAUUGGAGUGAACAAUCAUUUCCAGAGCAUAGUGCUUGGUGGCGUCCUUAUGCGCAAUGAGACAAUCGAGUCGUUCAAAUGGAUCUUUACUGAGUUUGUACGCCUAAUGGGGGGUAAACAACCUGUUACAAUUCUCACAGACCAGAGCAAAGCCAUGGAAGCUGCAAUCAAAGAUGUGUUUCCUGAAACCACACAUAGAUGGUGCAGGUGGCACGUGCUGCGCAAAGCAAAGGAGCACCUUGGUGAUCUUUAUACAAGAAGAAGUGGCUUCAAGCAGGAGUUCCACAAGAUUAUUAAUAGCAUGCUUACGAUUGAAGAAUUUGAGUAUGCUUGGCAACUUAUGCUAGUCAAGUACAAGCUGCAGAAUAAUUCCUUCUUAUCUCAGAUUUAUGAAAAUAGAUCCAAAUGGGCAAAACCUUACUUCAAAGGGAAAUUUUGUGCUGGACAAACAAGCACUCAACGCAGUGAGAGUGGGAAUAGCAUGCUGAAACGGUAUGUUGGGAGUUCAUGUCCAAUGCAUCAGUUCGUCCAGAUGUAUCAGCAGCUUCAGUUUGAUCGGGAAGAGAAGGAGAGCAUUGAAGAACAAGCUUCUAAAUUGGAUGGGAGGCGUAUAAAGUACAAUAUACCAAUUGAAGCACAUGCAGCACGCGUGUACACACGUGCGAUGUAUGAGAAGUUUGGACAACUUAUAUUUGAAUCAGGUAAUUUUGUUGCAACUGAGAUUAUCCCACACAUGAGGUAUAAAACAAAGCAUGUCAGGGCUGACCGCCGUGAGAAAUGGGAGAAGGUAGAAUUUCAAAUUGAUGUCAUUAACAAUGGUGGAGAGUAUAUAUGUGAAUGUGGGCUCGCGGAGCACAUGGGAAUCUUGUGCCCACACAUUAUUAGGGUGCUUAUCCAGUAUGGUGUUCAAGAAAUUCCUCGGAAGCAUAUUGUGAAAAGGUGGACUAUGAAUGCAAGAGACAUGUUGCCGCCACACCUGGAGCAUUACCAAAAGGACAGGGCUGCUUUACAUUCUCAGACCCUCCGGCAUUCAAGCUUAUAUCUAGCUGCUCUAGAAGUGGUGGACCUAGGUGACUCAAACGUGAAAGCUUAUGAAAUUGCAAUGAAACACCUGCUGCAAGCAAAAUCAGAACUUCAGGAGCUGUCAGCUGAAAGAGAUGGGCUAUCAUUGUUGGAGCAAUGUGCUGAUCAAAGCACUCGUGAUGCUUGUGCUGCUCAACCUACUGAACCCAAUGUGGCCAGUAUGUAUCCACCAGAGAGACUAAACAAACGUGGUAGACCGUCAAAUUCUCGGGACAAGCCACCGUACGAGCAAGGCCGGAAAAGAGUCAGGUGUUACCGGACACAACAGGCAGCAGAGCAGUCCUUUGAGGUUGCAGGAACGACCACCAGCAGGAGGAAGAUCACAUGCAGCAGGUGCAAGUUACCAGGACACACGAAGAACUCGUGCAAGGGACCGGCGCCCCCCGAAUUCCUGCCAUUGGAUGGACAAAUAUGGUGAAAUGGAACCCAGUAUCAUAUUUUGCUAAUGUGAUUGUAACUUUUGCUGGCUGCCUAAUGGAUGUAUGACAUGAAAAUGUAAUAUCCAUGUGACAUAAACUGCAGUAAUGGUCAGUGGCAUUACUUUUGCGCUAGGUGUAAUAUGCAGUUGUCACUAAUGUGUAGGCACUUCACCAUGUGCACCUAUGUCAC